CGGACCCGGACAUGUGUUAAGUUUAUAUUGAUGUUCUUGUGGCCUGCAGUCGACCAUGAGAAGUCAAACUAAAAAGUUUAAAUCACCAUGAAGUUCUUCCUGAUGUUAAUGUUGAUUGGGGCCAGCAUGCUUUUCUCCAAAGCGCUGCAGCCUUUCGGCCCAGGUUACAACAGACACUGCAUGUGUGUGAAACUCGAGUCGAGGGUAAUCCCACCAGAUAACUUGCAAAGUGUGGAGAUCUUGCCCAGAGGUCAUCACUGUAAGACUACAGAGGUCAUUGCCGGUUUAUCAAGUGGAGAGAAGAUCUGCCUUAACCCCAGGACACCAUGGGUUAGAAAACUCAUUAACUUUAUUGAGAAAAAAGAAAGAAGCAACAAGAAAGAGUAAAAGACACUCAUACCACUUUGAUUACAUCUAUUCACAAGACACCUUCGCCAUGUUUUCUGUGACAUUCAUCAAAGGUUAAUCUCUACCAAAUGUAUUUUUGCAUCAAUCUUUUGUUAUAAGGCUACUUCUGUUGUAAUAGUUGUAUAAUGUAUGGAUGAAUUUGUUGUGUUUUUAAUAAAUACUAUGGUUGAAAACAGCAAACAUUACAUAUUUUCUUAUAGUGAUAGCGGAUUGUAACAACUCUAAUUUGACGUUAUUCGGAUUUCAAUUUAACUUAGUCUUACACAUCCGUUUUGCAAGUUAGCAGUUCUACUGAUGUUAUACAGAUCAACUAAAGUGAACUCUGAUCACAAUAAUAGUUUUGUAAACAUUUGUUAUUUGGUCAAUAAAAGCAUUUGAUGUGAUCUCCUGUUUCUGACCAUUUUUAGG